CUCAUUUUCUUGCUUUGGCUAAUGAGCUUAGUCCGUGCUGAGCAGCUUUCAGCUCUGCAGCUCGUUGUUAGUGGAGCAGAGCCGUAACUCCUCUGCAUGCUGACCGGGACAACCUCUGCCUGAGUCGACACUGCGGAUGGGACGUCUCCCCCCUCUGCUGCCUCUCCCUGAAGCUACCUGACUCUUUAUGUUGGCUUUGAAGAGCUGAGGAGCACUUUUAUUGCUAUUUUGCACCAGAGAAAGCCUUCCCGUCUUUGUCCUUUUCCCUUAUAACCUCCAAGUUUUUGCCAAAAUGUACCGGAAUCCUUGGAUCUCAAAUUACCUGAGUCAUGUCAAGUUCUGCAGCCAAGGACUUGGGAGUGAGACCCCAGCCAAGGUCAGCAAUCCCAGGUUACUGCAGAAGAGGGCGCUCAGCUUCCAGAAAGAAUUCUCAUUCGACGAAAAAGACAAUCCAGCCAAAAGCGCCAAGGAUAUAGAUGUGUGCAUAGCAGCCAAUCUUCCCAAAGUGUCUGAGUUAAGGAAACGGUUUGAAGGCAUAUCCACCAGUGCAAGUGACUGGGAAAUGAAUAGAAAGGAGAGAAUUACUCGAAGACUGGAGGGCAUUGAGGGUGAAGUGCAUCCAUCCCUGCUGCCUAGCUUGGUAUCUAACCGGCUUUUAGAGGAGGACAUUCCGAGAUACACCAGGGCAUCUGAUCCAGAGCCUUGCGUUGUCCAGCAGUACGGUAUGGAGGGAGUGGAAAGUCCAGACAUGCUGCUCAAGUCUCCGGACCAACGACUAAGAGCUCGACGAAGGCCAGAACCUCAGUCCUCCGUCCAAAUGGAGCCUACAUAUAGUUCAGUUACUACCACCACUGUCCCAGAGUCAAAGGCCGGACGCAUCGCUCGCUACAAGGCAGAGCGCCGCCGACAACUGGCUGAGCGCUACGGCAUCUCUUUGGACCACGAGCCCGACUUGGAUCAUCCAUCUCUCAACAGCCGAACCAGGAAAGAAUCUGACGAUUCUGAAAGUCGAAGCAAAGGGGAGUCUUUAAGAGACAAAGGUAUGGAUAUCGUCCUAAGUGCGUACAGCAGCAACGCCUUCUCCAACCAGAGAGCACGAGGGUCAGCCUGGCCGGAAAAUCCCCCCAGCUCAGCUUACGAUGGUCGGACCAGGGCUGACUCCCUCUCAGAGAGAGAAAGGCUCAUGAACUUGGAAAAUCGACGCCAGGCUGCUCCGCCUGAGACAUCCAUGGCGUCAUACAUGGAUGUCUCUUCAUUGUCCUCCUCUGCCAGAGUGCCGGCCAAGGAAUAUCCGGUCGCAUCUAUCCCAGCCAACUCACCCAAAAUGAGCAGACACUCAUCCUUCAGCGCGCCAAAACAUGGAGCUACUUCAGGGGAUCUGUUCAUCGAGCAGCAAGCCCACAACGUUAUCAGCAGACAGGGAAUAAAAGUUAGGGAGAGGCUCACAAGAGAGGAUGGACAUCGAAAAAAUCUGGACCCGUCAAAUGUGAUGGAAGCCCCGGUGUACCGCAGACAGCUCCAGCCUCCCCAGACGUCUGUGCGCCUCCACAGAGACCCGCCCGGUCCCCAGCAGGCCUACACCCACUUCCAUCACCAGCAACACGCUUCUCUGAGCUCAACUGCCCACCAUGGAGGUCAAGAUGUUGGCGGUUACCCUAGUUACUUGUCCAUGACAUCCGAUCCUGGAUCUAGAGUUGUGCGGCAACAAGUUCAGGAGGACGAGACUGGGGAGUUUGAGGAUGACAAAACAGAGGGUCUUCUGAGGAGUAGAAAAGCAGUCCUGCCUUCAGAGAUUCGCCGCAGGGAGAGGAGCACAGAGGAUCCAUAUAGAGGGAAAGAGGAGGAGGGCAUGGGGAGGCCCAGGGUGCAAAAUCUGGCAAAAGAAACUGCUGCAGAGGAAGGCUCAAGAGGCAAAUCCAGGAGGGAGGAAGCGAAGACUAUUUCCCAUCUCAUAGCAGCAGAAGGCCAACCUAGAGAGAGAGAAGGCCUCAUUUAUAUCCACAGAGGACAAACAGCCACCCAUGUUCAACCCAGAGCCCCCCACGCAGAAUAUGGGAAGCCUCCCUCCAGGACAGUCAUGAGAAGCUCCAUCUCAGAUGCUGCAGAUCCACAGGGGUCGGCAAGGAGCAGUGCACGGGACACUGGAGAGGUCAUGGAGGGGGCCUUUUCCGGAGAGAGUCAGCAGGACAGCCGGGUGUCCGUUGCUCAGCUCAGGAGUUCCUAUUUGGAGAGCGCCACGACUCCCCCAAGCCGACGCAAAAACGAGCUGUCUUGUGUGAGUUCAGACUUGGCGUCAUCAGAGGCUGAUGAAGAGAAGCUGGAUGAGCGGGCCAAGCUGAGCGUUGCAGCCAAGCGCUCUCUCUUCAAAGAGCUGGAGAAAAGCAUAGAUGGUGGCGUUCCUAAACCUCGAUCCAGGAACGCAGCAGUGGACAGAAGGCUAAGACGGACCCAAGACCGGUCCAGAACCCAGCCGGUCACUACGGAGGAAGUGGUUAUAGCUGCAACUGUCUCAUCUCAUGUGCCUCACAUGGUGGCUGUUCACUCUGCCGUUAGUCGCGCCUAUAGCCCCACCCUAGUUUGCAGCUCCGCCCCUCCAUACAGCCUGCAGGCGUCCUUGCAGAAGACCUCCAGUGCACGGAUACAGGCGGCACAAGAGAUCCAGCAGGCACAGGACUCCCAGGAGAGCCGGGGCUCCAAGCAGGCGUCUGCUAUGGAUGGGAAGGUUGAGAAGGAGAGACGGGAGGAGGAGGAGCCUGACCUGUGUUCGCUGAGCCUCGCAGAGAAGAUGGCUCUGUUCAACCGACUCGCUCAGCCUCCCAUCAGAGUCACUCGUACCAGAGGAGACUCACGGCAGCGCCGAGCCAACACCCGGUACCAGACGCAGCCCAUCACUUUAGGAGACAUGGAACAGGAGUUCUCAGACUUCAGUGACGAACCGGAGCUGAGCGAUAGCCCGGUCCAACUCUUCCAACUUCAGAACGGCGCUCUGAAUGGACACCUCCAGUCCCCAUCGUCGUCCUCAAUUCGAGCGGGAGGCACGGUCUCCACCGACCACGCGGGAGACAUCCACAUCACCAAAGCCCAGGUGGAGCCCGCCCCUGCCAUCUAUGAUGAGCCUCUGCUGGCGAAGCCCACGGCGGAUCUGAGCAUGAACGCGGGGAAGAGGAAGCUGCCCUCACCAGAGAGAGCCCCCAGGCAGACCGCUCUACCACAGCCCCUCUCAGGAAAAGAGAGGUGGAGGGAGCAGGAGGGGGAGGAGGAAGAGAGGGAGGAGCCUCUGCAGCCGGCCAGAGAGGAAGAUGAGGGAGCUUUGGAGAGCCACAAGCUCCAGGAGACACAAAGAGGCUUUCCAAGGGAGGGACGGCACCCGGAGCGCCACAGGAGCAGAACCACCAGCAGAGAGUUUGGCGAAUCCAUCGUCGUAACAUCCAGAGAAACCUGCGGCUCCCCCAGGACUGAGAGUCGUCCCGCCCCCCAGCGACACCCAGACAGCCCAGUCGAUCGUGAGCAGGGAGACGAGCUGAACGGCGUGAUGAUGGCCCGACACAUGUCCAUCAGAGACAGAGUUGCCUUGCUGAAGAAGAGAGGCGAAGAAGACUGGAGGUACAGGAUUCACAAGAAGCAGGAAGUGGUGAAGGCGGCCAUGGAAGAGCGUGAGAGUCAGCUUUGGGAGGUGGAGCAGAGCUUCAAGAAGAAGGAACUCAUUUUUGCUGCAUCAGAGCCUUCCUCCCAUCUUUUUCUUGAUGAUUCAGCUAGCCAGGAAAUCCGCUCUUCCAGACCCAUGCAGGAUGAAAGACACCCAUGGAGACGGAAGAGAAUAGCAGAUGAAGAGAUGGAGAGUCAGAAGAUGGAGACGCAUAUGUCCAUCCAGGAAAGGAAGCAGCAAAUUGAAGCCCAAGAGGAGGCCUGGAAGAGCAAAGGCCUCGGCGCAGCCAAUGACUCCACCCAGUUCACCGUAGCUGCACGCAUGGUUAAGAAAGGUUUGGCUUCUCCUUCAGCUUUCCACACUCAGGUCAUCUCUAAACCCAAGAAUGGCAGCCUUGCCAUCUCCAAACCACAGGAAGAGAUCAAAGCCAUGCCAGACCUGAACCUGGAGUCAGACCUCAGGCUGGAUAAACUGGAGUCUUUCCUCGGUAGACUCAACAGCAAAGUGUGUGGACUCCCAGAAUCCACCAUUACUGUAACGGAGAAGAAGGUGAAGGAGGUAAUGAGCCUCGAGGACGAAACCUUCUCCAAAUUCUACCCUCACACCGACGACCUUCCUGCCAACGCCAACAAGGUGGAAAUAAACGACGACUUUGAUGCCAUUUUUGACCCCAAGGUGCCAAAGCUGGCCUCAGCAAUGGUGCAGCACAGGCGGGCGGUGCGUCCGACGCGUAACGUGCAGUCGUCCAGGAACCCCCUGAAGACGCUGGCGGCCAGAGAGGACAUCAGACACGAGUACACCGAGCAGAGGCUCAACGUCGGCCUGCUGGAGAGCAAACGGAUGAAGGCGGAGAAGAUGACGAAGACCUCCAGUUACUCUGAAGCGGCGCUGGCCGGUCUGGCCAGCAAGGAGAACUUCAGCAGCGUGAACCUGCGGAGCGCCAGCGAGACGGAGCAGACGUCCAACAACAGCGCCGUGCCUUACAAGAAGCUCAUGCUCCUGCAGGUCAAAGGCCGGCGGCACGUCCAGACCAGGCUAGUAGAGCCCAGAUCAGCCUCUCUGAACAGCGGCGACUGCUUCCUGCUCAUCACGCCGCAUCACUGCUUCCUCUGGAUCGGAGAGUUCGCCAACGUCAUCGAGAAGAGCAAGGCGUCUGAGUUGGCCAACUUCAUCCAGGCCAAAAGAGAUUUGGGUUGCCGGGCCAACGUCGUCCAGGUGGUGGAGGAGGGCGUCAACUCCUACAGCAAUUCCUCCAAGGAGUUCUGGAAUAUUCUAGGGGGACAGUCCAGUUACCAGAUGGCUGGAACUCCUGAUGAAGACGAGCUGUACGAAGGCGCCAUCGUGGAGACCAACUGCAUCUACCGCCUGAUGGACGACAAGCUGGUCCCAGACGAUGAUUUCUGGGCAAAGAUGCCGCGCUGCUCGCUGCUCCGACCGAAGGAGGUCCUGGUGUUUGACUUUGGUAGUGAGAUGUACAUUUGGCACGGGAAGGAAGUGACUCUGGCGCAGAGGAAGGUGGCCUUCCAGCUGGCCAAGCAUCUGUGGAACGGCACCUUCGACUACACAAACUGUGACAUCAACCCGCUGGACCCCGGAGAGAGCAACCCCCUCAUCCCCAAAAAAGGUCAGGGUCGACCGGACUGGGCGGUGUUCGGCAGGCUGACUCAGCACAACGAGACCACCUUGUUCAAGGAGAAGUUCCAGGACUGGAGCGACUCCAGGAGGACUCCCAGCCCCCCCACUAACAGCGAGCAGCUCCCAGAUCUGAAGGACCCGCCCACUUUGGACCAGCCCCACGCAAACAUGGCCUCUCUGAUGCUCUCCCCGCACCUGGAGCCCGUCUGCACCAAGCUGGAUGGCUUCAAUGUGGGGCGUGGCUACGGCCUGGUGGAGGCGGAGGAGUGGAGGAGCUACGAGGUCAGCACUCUGGGGGUGGAGGCGUGGCACAUCCUGGAGUUUGACUACAGCCGGCUGCCUGGGCAGAGCGUGGGGCAGUUCCACGACGGGGACACCUACGUGGUGAAGUGGAAGUACAUGGUCAGCGCCGCAGUCGGGAAGAGACAGAACCCUGACCAGCUGAAGACGGCCGGACCCGGGAAGGAAAAGUGCUGCUACUUCUUCUGGCAGGGCCGGAACUCCACAGUCAGCGAGAAGGGGACGUCGGCGCUCAUGACGGUGGAGCUGGAUGAGGAGCGGGGCGCACAGGUUCAAGUCCAGCAGGGGAAGGAGCCGCCAUGUUUCCUGCAGUGUUUCAAAGGAGGGAUGGUCGUCCACUCAGGAAAAAGAGAGGAGGAAGAGGAGAACCUGCAAACCGACUGGCGUCUGUACUGCGUGCGAGGGGAGGUGGCAGUGGAGGGCCAUCUGCUGGAGGUGGUCUGCCACUGCAGCAGUCUGCGCUCCAGGGUCUCCAUGGUGCUGCUGAACGGCCGCCAGGCUCUCAUCUACCUGUGGCACGGGUGCAAAUCCCAGAAGCACUCUCGGGAGGUGGCGCGCACCGCCGCCAACAAACUCAAAGAGGACUGUCCUCUGGAGGCGGGGCUCCACAGCAGCAGCAGAGUGACCAUUCGGGAAUGCGAUGAAGGAGCGGAACCAGUGGGAUUCUGGGAAGCUCUCGGGAGGAGGGACAGGAAGGCCUACGACUGCAUGCUGCAGGAUCCCGGCAGGUUUAACUUCACUCCUCGGCUGUACCAGCUGAGCAGCAGCUCCGGGGAGUUUGCGGUUGUGGAGUACCUGUACCCCGCCCGAGAGCCUGAGCAGGUCAACUCCAUGCCCUUCCUGCAGGAGGACUUGUACGCCGCCUGCCAGCCAGCUCUGUUCCUGGUGGACAACCAUCACGAGGUCUACCUGUGGCAGGGCUGGUGGCCGCAGGACAGCGAGAGCACGGGCUCGGCCCGCAUCCGCUGGGACUCUGACAGGAAGCUCGCCAUGGAGACGGUGCUGCAGUACUGCAGAGAAAAGAACGAGAAGAAGCCUCCGAAAGCGUACCUGAUCCACGCCGGUCUGGAGCCGCUCACCUUCACCAACAUGUUCCCCUGCUGGGAGCACAGAGAGGACGUGGCCGAGAUCACAGAGAGGGAGGCGGAGGUGUGUAACCAGAUCAUCCUGGUGGAGGAGGUGCUGGCCCGGCUCUGUAAGAGCGCCUACCCGCUGGAGGAGCUGCUGGCCCGGCCGCUGCCCGAGGGAGUGGACCCUCUCCGUCUGGAAAUCUACCUGUCUGACGAGGACUUUGAGGGUGAUGGGGCUUGUGGGAAGAGAGCCUUGGAGAUGAGCAGGGAGGAGUACGGAGCGUUGCCUGGAUGGAAGCAGGUGAACUUGAAGAAAGCCAAAGGACUUUUCUGAACUUUUGGCAGGACGUGGCUGGUUUGUCCACAUGUGCAGAGGCUCAGGGGUGGUCCCCUCUGAGUUUGGCCUUCAGUGGACAGAUGACCGACAGGAACCGUCCAAGCUGCAGAUCCUCCCGUGUCUUCAACCCCCGUCUGCCUCAAUGCUAUUUUUAAUGUCCACUGCUGAUGUCUGUACAUAUGUACCAUAGAUGUUCUCCCCCUCGCAGCAGCAGGUUGUCCAGCCUGCAGCAGACUCUGUUUGUGACAAAUACAGUGUAUUUAUAUGAAAGCCACAGAGGAAAACAACACGUUUGUGUCUGAACGUUUUAAAGGUUUGUUUCUGAUGAGAAGUGGAAGUUGGCAUAUAAGCUACGGUGUACAGAUCCGCCCGAUGACAGGAAACUCGCCCAUGUGAGCUAGUGACUUCAAUGUAUUGUGCCUUGUUCUGUGUACAGUUUAUAUACAGAUCCUAGUCUGCCUUUUCAAGACUCUUUUUGUGAUAUAAAGAAACUUUAGAAAAAUAAACUGCGUAUGUUUGAUAUCA